UUUGAAAAAAAAAAAAAAGGAAAAAAUAAUUAAAAACGGCACCUUCUCACCCACCUCCCCAAACUCCUCCAUCUUCCGCAAGCACCUUUUUAACCCUUGAAAAUGGAAUCCAGUGCACCGCGCGUAUCAGUUCUAAGCGGCGCUACGACGACGAUGGCGGAUCAGGGUUUAGAUGCCGAAGACAAAUUGGACGACGAUGACGUGUGGGACGCGGACUUCGUGGACGAGCUUGUCAAGUUGGAGGAAGCUGCUUUGUCCACCCAGGCUUAUCGACAACAGCCGCCGGUUCAGCCUCAGGCGCAGUUUCACACUCCGCUUCUCCCUCCCCCUCGGCGGCUUCCGCCUCCGUCGGAACUCAGUUAUUCACCUCCUCGCCAACUGUCUCAGAGAGCUCCCCAAGCCUCCCACACGAGCGCCAUUCAUGACUCUUUUGCCCCUCACGGAACCGACAUUGCAAAGGAGCGCGAACUCGGUGCACUACAGAAAGAGCUAAAUCGUGUUUCGAAGCAGCUUAGUCACCUGGAGAAGGAGUGCUCGGAGCUUAGAAAGGAAAAGGAAAAAAACUUGGAGCAGCUUAGAAUGGCAAAAGAUGCUGAAGUUAAUCUCAGAAAGAAUAUGGAGAUGGAUGGCCUCAAUAGUAACCCUUUGAAUCCUGGGAUACCUGAAGCCCAUCAAAAUGUGAAACCAUAUAAUAAGCUUGGGUCCUGUACAAAAUCGUGUGAUACAGGAAGAUAUAAAACCACUGACGUAAGCACUUCGGCUUCACAAGAAACUUGUUGCCGCUCCGAAAAGUUGUUUGAUCUGUGGAACUCAAAUGACCAAAAACAGGGAAGGGUUCUAGUUGCAAAGCUGUAUAAGACUUGUGAAAUGGAUUUUCAUGUGCUGUUUGGUUACCUGAACUCCCCUAAAAAUUGCUCAAACAUGGCCUCAUCAGAUCAACAGAGUCCUUUUCAGACCAUAGAAUAUGCAAAAGUCUUACAUCUAUACUCUGUCUUCACCAAGAUUAGUAAUGAUAUUUUGAGAUUGGAGGACUUGUUAGAAGCUUUGGUUGAUCUUUGUAAUUUGAAAAAUGUUUUUAUUGUUCAUUGGUCUCUUCGUGUUUUACACAAGAUUUUGAGUGAUUCAUCCAGCAUGGAAAAGGAAUUUUGUGAAAGGGAAAAUGUUGCAGUUGAGGAAUCCACCUCUGGAAUUGUUCAAUCUGCUACAAAUAGAUUUGGUGCGGAGGAAGAAAUCUUAAGCUUUGCAAAUGUAGCAGAGAUGUUGAAGCAGGGCCAAAAUCCCUUUGCACUGAAACUGUCUUAUGCUAAAACCUCUGAUUUUAGUGGGUUUGCUAAUCAUAGCUGUGCGGCAUCUGUGUCUGGAGUCUAUCAAGUAUCUUUAUUUGAACGUAUGUGCCUAAUUGCCACUAAAAACGAUGAUGAACGAGUAAGGUGUGAGGCACUUUCAAUCAUGAAUCUGAUUCUUAUGAGACAUAAUGCCUAUUUGGAGAGAUACAAGUUUGCUGGGGAAUCGGUGUUUCAUAGUUUAUCACAAUUAUUGAGGAGGGAAGCUGGAUUCUCUGUGCAAGACCAAGCUGUUCAUGCUCUUUAUUUGCUAUGUAAUUGUCCCAAAGUCAUAGCUAUGAUCUCUUCUUGCUUAAAAGAGGAUGGAGAUCUCACAUGCUCUAAGGAUAUCAAUGACAACAAUUUCCCAACCUUUCAAGGGUUGAAUGAGAUCUUAAUUGGCUUGGCAGAUUGUGUAGCCUGCUAUGGGAGUGCUACUGCAGAGGAGAUGAGGCUUCGAAGAAAUGCUAUAUUUUUUCUAGCUUUCCUAGGUUCGUCAGGAAAAUCUGGAUUUGAAAUUUUGCUAAAUCAUAGGCUUCCAAAGGGCUCCAAUUUCCUUGCCAUCAUUUUGCAAAGCAUAUUAUCAGAUUUGGAUCUUCAGGCAUCAAAAUCUUCUAGAAGAUCCAGAAUUGUCCUGGAACAAUGUUUGCUGAUACGGGAGGCGCUGAUCCUUUUGAAUAGACUUGUGUCCCAUCCUCAAUAUUCCAUCUCUGUUCUGAAUGCAUUGACAGCAACGAGAGACAUGGCUAGCACGACUGUGGAGGUUGCUAACCGGUUAACUCAGAAUGGCAAGUUACUAUGGCAGGACGAUAACACGACAAGGCAAACUAGAGAAUGUGAAAUUUUGAAGUUGGCUGGCGUCUUCAAAAAAAGAGUUUUUACAUUUUUGGGAGAUAAUAUUUCGUGAGGGAAAAAAGUUGUAAUGAUCUUUUUUUUGGUAAAUAAUGGCAAAGUUAUUCUUUACCCUUAAAUGUCUUAAUUUUUUUUCUCAUUCAAGGCCAUUUUCCCAUCGGCUUGUUACCCCUUUUUGUCGGGUGUCUUGUGAUAUUAAUGCUUUCAUCUUGAAUUAGUUAUGUAAAUUCACUUCAAAUUUAUUACUUGUAUGAAUUAGUAAAUACUACUCCA